AGAAUGCGAUUGUAUGCGUCAUCAUUCGAAAGUUAUUCUUAAUCUUUGUGCCUAUUAUAAUCAAACAUACCAUCAACUUUGACAGGAAGCAGACGACAAAAUUAUAAACACAAAACUCGUAUUUUUACAGCAAUGCAGAUUUAACACCCGAAUAAAGUCUGUUUCCCCAAGCCAAAAACAGUAAGAAAAUGAUGCAAAACCAUCGAGAACCAUUCUUUAAACCUCUCAAUGCAGACCAUCAUACUUUUGAGCUUACUUCAGGGAAAGCACAGAGCAAGAACAGACAAGUCCAAAAUUCAAACGAAUUUACAAGACCAGACCAAGAUUUGGCUUUGAAUGGAGAGAGAUUAAAUUCUUUGCAUGCAAAACUUCACCAAGAGGCUGAUAGAAUUAGAAAAUGGAAAAACCAGACAGAAUUAGACAUGAAACAGAAAGACAGAAAGAUUCAGGAAUCCAGCCAUACCAUAGACUCUUUAAGGAAAUCAAUACUUGAUAUUCAGCUUCAAAAUGAGAGCCUUAGCAUGACUCUUCAGGAAGAAAUCAGUAACAGAGAGGACAUUUUACAAAAAGUUUCAGCCACAAGAAACUUGUGUUCAGUUUUGAAGGACCACCUUGCAAAGACAGAAUCCAAAGUUGCAGAAUGUGAAGCAGAAAAAACAGAAGUCAAAUAUCUUGAACAGGAACACAAACGACAAUUUGAAAAUUUGUCAGAAAAAUUCAAGGAACUUAAGGUGGCAAGGGAUGAAGAGCAAAGACAGCUCACAAGUCAAAUAUCAGUGCUAUCUAAGGAGAAAGAAUGUUUAGAGCAGAAUCUAACUCAUUGCAACCAAGAAGCUGAGUCUAAGAUUAAAAUAUUGAACCAACAACUAGAUGACAAAAAUAUUGAGAUACGUGACAUUAGAGCACAAGUUCAGAAAAAUAAUGAAAAAAUUCACAGUUUGAAUAAAACAGUUGAUUCUUUGACACAAAAUGUUGAAACUGGCAAAGAUGAACUGAACAAUGCUAAAACAAAACAUGGUGAUCUUAAUAAACAGCUUGAAUCAUUACAGAUUGAGAAAGAUAGUUUGGAACAGAAAUUAAGUGAAAGUAAGGAAGAUGUAAAACAGUUUACAAACAAAUGUUCAGGUCUACAGACAGAGCUGAGCUCUGCAAAACAGGAACAUUGUCAACAGGUCCAGACUUUGAAAUCAGAACUAGAAAAGCAUAAAGAGCAGUUAAAUCAGAAACAUAUCAAAUUGCAGUUCUUACAGAAUGACUUUGACAAAGCAAGCACAAUGUUAGAAGAAGUGAAAAGUUCAAAAGAUAUUUUGAUUAUGGAAAAAACAGAGUUACAGAACAGAGUUGUUGAACUUGAAAAGCAAAAUGCUGAGUUACUUGCCAGGCAUGAAGAAAACUGUAUUACAAUCACCCAGCUUACAGAAACUGUCCAGGAAGUACAAGGACAAUUGUAUACUAGCCAACAAGAAGGAGCUCAUCUUUUACUACAAUUGAAUGAAAUCAGGGCUCAACUUACACUAGUGGAAACAGAGAAGUCACAGUUGGAUGAGAAAAUGAAAGUCAUUGAGUCAGAUAUGGUUUAUAAAAAGGCUGGCAUGACAGAUUUACAGAAUGAACUAUUAGAGAAGUCACAACAGAUAGCAGCUUUGUCUCAGCAAAUACAACAGUUGACAGGACAGUUGAAUACUGAACA